GUACUGGUCGGACGUUUAUGUUAAGUUACAGACCGCACUGGAGGUGUUGGCAGAGGUGUAGGGCAGACUUGCAUUUCAUGUAGUUUGGUGAACUGUGAGAGGCUUGUGUUGUUCUCUUAUCUCUUCCGUACAAUCUAAGCAACAAUGGGAAGAAAAAAAUCCACCGGUGAUGCAGAUGCAAGUGCUGAGCCACGGAGAAAGUCUCAAAGGUUGUCAGAGAGAGAGACACAGCCAAAACCACAGCCAGAAAAGACAAAGGCACCUCCAAAGAAUAAAAAGGUGAAAGAGGCAGCAAAGGGCAAGCCAGAGGAGAAGAAAGAAGAACCUCAGGCAGAGAAAGAAGAGGCCCCUGCAGAAAACGGGGAGGCCAAAGCUGAGGAGGCUGCAGCAGCAGAUGAGGCAGACGAAAAGGAGGGCAAGACUGAAGAGGAGGAUAAAGCAGCAGAGUAGAACUAAAAACCCCUAAAAACUCAGUUGCCAAUGCUCCCUGUACCUCCUUUCUUGUACAAUGCAGAGAAUAUUUUUAUCUACUAUUUUCUUAAGACAGCAGUGUUUUUAGGGAUGUGAUUGCAGAAAUGCAUUUAAAAAAUACUACAAAUUCCAUUCAAUUUCAUGGCUUCUGUGAAGGGAAAGUUUGUGUUUUGUUGGGUUUUUUUUUUUUUUUUUUUUCCAUUGUACUUGUUUUUUCUGGCUUCUUAUUUUUGCCUUUAGGUUGUAGUUUUCUACAACCCAAAGGCAGUCAGCAUGCAGUCAUGCCUAUAUCAGGAAUUUGAUGUUCAGUUCCAGGAGAGUUUACCUGAGAUAUUCCCGAGGCAUCUUGAGGGAUUUUGUGACCUGUACCAUUUUGGAAUUUGAUACAUCAUAAUACUAUGUGUUUGAUAGGAAAUCCGAUGAUUGAAAGUUUGAGAAUUGUGUUCUAUGCUAAGUAACAUCUUGUUCACAACAUUCACUUUAAUCAUGUUCAUUAGUACUGGAAUUAGUCAUGUUGAUUUUUAUUUUUAUUUUUUAAUGCAGUCUGUGAUGGUACAUUUGAGGACAGUUAAACUGAUCCAUAUUCUCAGCUGUGCUCAAAACAAAGAUGCAUUACGGAGUUAAUCAUCCUUGCUGUGGUUUAUCCUUUUAGGAUAACUGUAUUUUCUCCUCAGUAAAGAAAAUGUAUAUGCCACAAAUUUGUGGUUACAUGCAUUGUGGUUUUGGGUUUUCUCUACUAAUGUACAGUUUCCUCCUUUUUUUAAAAAAAAUAAAAUAAAAUAAAAUGUUUUCUUUGUUAUGAAUGGUAUAAAAUGCCAAUUAAAGUGGGAAUUUCUCUUAUGUGUUUAA